CGAUUCGGUACUAACUCUCGUCUUAUGUGGUUUCCAAGACUGUGAGCUUGAGCCAGAACUUCCAACAAGUUCAAAGUCUGUGUCGACACUGAGCUGCUAGCUUUUUUAAACCCUCCAUCGCGAAAGUCAUACCUGCUUCACACUCACAAGCAAAUGGCUACCAAGACACUUGAAGCGCGCCUCGAGCGUCUUUCAGUCAAAGAGGAACAUGAGAGCGUGCAAAAUGGCGGCGCCUAUCAAAAGUCCAAGAGCACACUGUCAACAGCCAUGCCCCCUACGAGUGCCGGACAAUAUAAUGGCUCCGGCCGAUCCAACUUACUCAAGCUGGCUUUGCAGAACACCAAUGAAAAUAAAGUGAACGCAAUGAACGUCAAUUUGUCACCGGUUAAGAGUUCUCAGAGUACGCUAUCACACCGUAAUCUCGACGAGAAUGGGGAGCAACGACACCUAACUCCACUCUACGACCAACCAUCCCCCAAAAUGUUACACUUGGGCAUGUUUGAGAUUGGCAAACCUUUAGGAAAGGGGAAGUUCGGUCGAGUUUAUCUCGCCAAGGAGAGAGCCUCCGGCUUCGUAUGCGCACUCAAGGUACUGCAUAAAUCCGAAUUGCAGCAGGGUGGAGUGCAGAAGCAAGUCCGACGAGAGAUUGAGAUACAAAGCAACCUUCGUCAUCCGAACGUCUUGAGGCUUUAUGGCCACUUUCAUGAUAGCAAACGGAUUUUCCUUAUUCUCGAGUUUGCCGGUCGAGGAGAACUGUACAAGCAUCUCCGAAAAGAACAUCGAUUCCCUGAGUGGAAGGCUGCGCAGUACAUUGCUCAGAUGGCUGCUGCUUUGAAAUACUUACACAAAAAGCACGUCAUGCACCGAGACAUCAAGCCAGAAAAUAUUCUUGUUGGGAUUCAUGGUGAAAUCAAGAUCAGUGACUUUGGGUGGAGUGUUCAUGCACCUAACAAUCGGAGGCAGACAAUGUGCGGGACACUGGAUUACCUGCCCCCUGAGAUGCUUAAACCCGGGUCUCAGGACAAUUACUACAAUGAGAAGGUUGAUCUGUGGAGUCUCGGUGUCUUGACAUACGAGUUCCUAGUUGGGGAAGCGCCCUUUGAAGAUACACCUGUCAUGACGCAGCGAAGAAUUGCCAGAGCCGACAUGACCGUACCGUCCUUCGUGAGUCCGGAAGCAAAAGAUCUAAUUAAAAGAUUACUUGUACUCGACCCAGAGAGGCGAAUUUCUUUGGAUGAGAUUCAACGCCAUCCAUGGAUUCUCAAGCAUUGUGUUAAGGAAACGAAGCGGAGUUCUGGUACAUCAAAGGAUGUCAAAGCAUGACUGUACUGUCCGGGCAUUUCAGGGCGUUUCGGAGUUCAGAAGUUCUUACCUUUCUGUACUGUUUCCCUUCACAUUGCCAUGGUCCACGACCAUGGGAUUGAUUACACUGGCGUUUACUGUUAAUAUGGAUGCUGGUCUUCCUGGAUUAGCGAUGGAGCUUUGAUCGAUCUUACUGGCACUUGGACUUCAAGUUAAACAUACGACAAACACUUCGAGGAAGAGUUUUGGUGGGAGCGGACGUCCGUAACUAGCGAUAAAUCUCAUCAAAGGGGCGAGUAUCUCUAAAGCAACUGUCCCAAACUUCAUUUACCACCUUCUCGGCGUGGGCUUCAUCUUU